CGAGAAACCUCAAUAAGGAAGGUGGAGGAGACGACUGUUUACCAACAUGGCAUAAAUUUGGGAACUUAUCCAAACCUAAAUGGUUGACGCUUGUGCUUGGACGUCAGAAAGAGGGCUAGUUCCUCGAGACCAGGUCGAAGUGCUGUUGUCGCUGCUUCUGAAGGCCGAGAAGCGGACAUGGAUCGCAAAUAUUUCCCCCGUCAACUCGUCAGAACAUGACGACCGUGAACCCGCUCCAGGGGAAGGCCAAAGUCGGGAUUGUUACUCUGUUGAUACUGGAUCGCUGCUACUUAGGUAAGCUAUACUAUUCGGAGAAUUGAAAAUGAUUUCUUUUCAACCGCCAGGGCCAUAUUUGCGUCCAUUUUAACUGCUUGAAAGUGAAGGUCAUUUAAUUAAUUCGUAUGCUUAAUUCCAACUCAAGCGUGGUUCACACCGUUACUGCUUAUUUAUAGACUGUCAUUUGCUUUUAACGGUGAAUGCGAAAGUGUUAUCUUUAAACGGUGGUUCUUUUCUGUAACUGUGAUGUCAUAGACUGCCAGGAUUUUGUUAAAAGUGGUCAUUUUCGCUUGCCUUCUCGACCGUAAACGUGUUAACCGGAAGUACUCUGACUUGCGUAGCUUACAUUUUACACAAACCAACCUACCUUGUUCUUACUUCAUCAAGCGGUCUCAAAUUGAGUGCAGCUUGGUACUAAGUGUGUAAAGCUUUGGCACGAGUAAUCAGCUAAGGACUGGUAAAACUAAAUGAAUCACAUGUUCCUUGUUAAACAUCUUUCUUGUGUUUGUCAUGUUGGUUUUCCUCUCCCUCUUGUUCUACAUGAACAGACCAGCUUUGUAGAUAACGAUUGUGGGAUUGCAUGUCAAGCUGCCAUAUUUAUUUUCCUUGUGAACAUUUGUAAAGCUCACAUUAUGUGUGCAUCCAGAUCUUGUGCAGUUGAAAGCCCCAUAAAGGAAGAGGUUUUUUUUCUAUAAGAAUUGGUGAUUUGGCUUCUUGUCAGUGUUUUCUGUUUGUUUAUAAAAGUGAUAAAUUUUACUUAGUGAAUAUUUGUCUUCAUUAUGGUAUUAGUUUUGUUUCUAUGCUCAAGUUGAGAGCAUUUACACCUUCCUCUUUGUUACAUAAUGGUUGCAAAUUUUGAAUUUGUGAACUUUCAAAAUGUCUUUCUUUAAGAAGAUGUAGAAGAAAAACAAAGCCACAUUUGGAAAAUCUGGGAAAGAACAUAUCUAAUGUUUUUGCAGAGCUCAGAUCAUACUAUUUCUUUUGCUAUCAUAGCAAGUUAUUUACUUAGAGGCAAAAAUAUAUAGUUAUCAUCUAUAACUAUCAAGCUUUCAGAAAAUGAAUACUGUAGGUUGAUUUGAUUAUCCUUUUUUAGCACUUGCCUAAUAGUCCUCCUUUAAAAGCUGUUAAUCCACUAAUAUGUUACCUCUAAUGUUAAUUUUUUACACUGUUUGAAAUGUUUUGCCAAGGUUAGAGAUAAUUUACAAGUAAUAAUCAUGGAUUAGUAAAGUGUGUUUGACCAAAAAAAGACAUGGCUGUUUUGCCUCAGCCUACCAAAAUCAAUACUGAACAUCUCUUGUUCUUUUCUUGUGAAGACCUCUGAACAUUCCUAAAGAAAUUCUUUCCACAUGACCUCUUCUGAACACCACCCAAGAAUUUCAAGGAUGUUCUGAUAACUUUGGCAGCUUGCUGCAUGUAUAUUUACAUGUAGCAAUGCAAAGCACCAAAUCAUUGACAUAUGUGUUAAAGAGAAAUUAAGCACUUGACUAUACAGUAUGUUAUGGCAUAUCAGAUAUACAUAGAUUCUGCUUGUAUUAGAACUUUUUUUUCCCAUUAACAGGCAUGGAUGUUCCAUCAGGGGAAUUCAUAGGGAAUUCUAUGCUCUUGAGUGAGUGCUUUUGUUACAUUUUAUGACAGUGACAAUAUAAUUCAGUUACAUCUAGCUGUAGUCAUACAUGUAUUGAAAUAUGAAGUUGAAACAUGAAAUCUUUUUUUUUUUUAGUCCAAGGCACUACUGUGUUAAAGUCACAGCUGAGAUUACAAAUCCAGACUGUUCGUCCUCUCAGAUGCAAGUGGUAAGCAGUUAAUUAAUUGAUAUAUAAUUAUUUUAAGACUGAAACUACAUGUACUAUAUUUAUUCACUUAUAAGACACACUCGGUUACAAGACGCACCCUAAACUUUCAAAGACAAUUGUGACAAGUAAGCAAAAUUAAAAUUUCACAUAAAUACCCUGUUAGAAGGGGCACCUGGAAUUACAGGAAAUUUUGUUGACCACAUUCUCUGUACUUACGACAAUUUGCUUCCAAAGUUACUAAUUACAGUGCUCUCAUUCUCAAAACAAAAGCAAAAAAGUCACACAUUACAAACAAUAGCAAAAUCACACAUGGAAAAUAGCAUAAAAGUCACACUUUUUAAUUCACUCAAUUCAUCCUUCUCAGGAGACAGUGUUUUAAGUUAAGAAUACUAAUUGAUCCAUUUUUACAUUUAUAAACAAUACUCAUCUGACAGAUCUUUCAUUCAUCAGUUGCAAAACUCAUCUUAAUCUUUGAGCAUUAGUUCAGCAUACCAUAAAUUUUCAGUAAUUAUGCCAAGCACUCGUCGUCAUUCCUAUGAUCUAAACUUUAAGUUGAAGAUUGUAGUAGAAGUGGAAGCCAUUGACAACAAUCAUCAGUUUGAGACAGACAGCAAAGCCAAAGACGACAAGUAGCUGAGCUCAGGCGAGCUUUCAAACAAACGAUUCUUUUCAGAGCCAUCCAGUUCUUUUUAGAACCAACAAAUCAGAUAAAGUCAAUGAUCAACAUUGUUUGUCUUUUGUUUAUUCAUUUACCAGUAUUUAUUUACAUACUCAUUUCAGUUUAUUAGGGAAAUUUGGAAAAGUUAUAUUUUGUUGCGUGAAAAUACUCUGUUAUAAGAUGCACCCCAAGUUUUGAGCAGACUUUGAUCAAACAAGCAGAUUUUCUUGUAAAAACUGGUGCGCGUUAAUGGUAAUUGGAUUGGAUGUAGCUCAACUCCUCACUGGCCUUUGGUUACAUUUGUAAAUAUUCAGUUUUUAUUCAGCGCUUUAAGCUGUGACUGUUUGGGUUGCCAUGGCAAGUACAGCUCAUGUUUGGCCUACAAAUUUGUAGCAAACAUUUCUAAUUUAGCACUUGUGGUUUCGAGUUGUGUAGAAAGCUAGAAUUUUUUUAUUUCUAAAUGUUAGGUAGUCCUAAAGUUCUGUAUUGUUGCACAAGAUGUCCUCUUCCAAGUAUUGGUUGUUGUUUUUUUUUUGUUUUUAAGAGAGAAAGAACUUACAUGUAGCAAGAGUGUUGUUUUGUUGGGGAAAACUGUGGUAGCUGUGUCAAUACAUAUAUACAACUGUAGUUGGCAUUUUAUUGUCAGUUCCAUGAGUUUUUAACCUGGAGAAAAAUCUUGGGGACCUAUUUAUGAUUUUGGUUUAUCAAACAGGUACUAAGGGUUAUACACUUAGAACCACUGUUAUUUUUUUUGUUGUUAUUAUUUUGUUUGAUGAAACAUCAAUAAUUAUAAAUAGUUAUUAAUAAUAAUUAUUUAUUAAUUUUUAAAAGUAUAUAUUUUAUAGGUUUCAGGUGAUGGUGUAAACAGGUCUGGGCAAGGAAUAAGUUCAAGUAAUGUUCUGUUAAUAAAUAAAUAUAUCAUAUUACAGUAUAUCUCUUAGUUAAUACAUGCACUUUGAUUGGUUAAUUUAGCCAGCGGAAUUUCAUUGUACAGGUGGCUAAAUUCAAUAUUUUCUUUGAAACCCAGAGAUAUAAUGGUAAUACUACUCCAUUUUCUCAGUCCAAGCAUAAAAACCUGUCCCAUAACUUACACUACAGACCUCAAACUGAAUAAGAGGCAUUUACUUUAGUUAUAUAGAUGAGUAGGUAUGUAUCCUUUCCUCAGGGGCUAUAUGGAUGGGUAAAAGGGAUGAAUGACUGUCACUGGACUUAGCAAGUCAGAUUGAAUACUUGUGUAACUUAAGUCCUGUUCUGUGACCUGUUUGUUUUCUUUUUUUUUUUGGACCAUAAACAGAGUAGCAGUUCAUGGCUGUGUAGGAUAUGAGGUGUUUAGGUGUUACUAAUGUGAAUGGGCAAGAGUUCAAAAAGCAACAAGUGUGCUAGUCUAGUUACAUGCAUGGUCAUCCACAAAAGGCAAAUGCAUGUAUGAAGUGUUUUAGUCAAAAGUAGAAACAUGAAAUCACAUCUAAUGAUCUUUACCAAUCUGUGUUUACUUCUAUAGGUCUUUCAAGUACUUCUUCUCAAGAUUCAACCAUUGUACGCUUGACUAUAAGGGUAAAAUACAUUUUAGGUUUUCAUUUUCUUCAACAAGAAUGUUCGUGUACAUGUACAUGGACCUCUUGCAUAAAAGUAGGUGUCAUUAUUUCCUCACAGUGCCUCUUACUUGUGGUCGACUACUAACAGAAGCACCCCUUUGAGAGGGAGUGCACAGUGUUUCUUUUCAGUAAGCAAUUUCUUAGCCCUUAACACCCUAACAUCAGCAUUCAUAUUCUCGAUACUGUUCUCUGUACAUUAAUACUAACUGGUGCUGACAAGGACUGGAGAAUUUUUCUAACAAUAAAGAGUUUCUUUAGUUGAGGAUCAGUUCCUUUAUUCUCAUGACAUUAAUGGGUAUUUUCUCUUCUUUCAAACAGACUCCCCAGUUUGAAUUGUAUAAAAAUGCUGUCCUGUGUGCUCAAUAUCCGGUCCUUGGUGCCUCCCAAGCAGCUGCUUCUCCGUAUUCACCAGCAUCAUCACCAUUUGAACCUCCAUUGGGAAGCAAAAGGUAAAAAUCAUUUUAACAACCUGUUCCUUUAAGGAAGAAUCAAUCAUGUUUGUCCACUGAAGAUAAUUUUCUACUGAAAGUGUGAAACUAAACAAAUAAGUGUCUUAAUUACCCCUAAAAUCAACUGAUUGCGAAUAGGAACUUUUUAAAUGUAAUUUCUUGAGUUGUUCAUAGUGAUGAAUAAUCAUGUACUUUACAUGAAUGCCCUGGCUGUUGAAGGGUGGAUAACGCUAUCCACUGGAUGAAUCUCUAUGCGGUGGAUAGCACAGUAUGUUUUGUUAACACUUAUCUGCUGGAUAGCAAUUUAUCCGUAAGAUAGAGUUAUCCGCCCUUUAUGCAACUGGACCCUGCACAUGUGGAUCUGAAGUAGAAGUGGAGGGCAGUCAACUGUAACACCAAUUGAAAGCAAUUAUAAUAAAAGUGUUUUGGAUCAGAGAUAUUAGAAUUGAAAGGGAAGAGGAUGCAUAUUGGUAAUCAUCUACUCUUGACAUAAUUUGUACUGUAGAUGUAUGAGUGGGUAAUAAAUGCAAAUAGUCACCAUUAUCAUGUUCUUAUCUGCUACAUGUUACCUUAUCUUGGCCAGGGUAAGUGCUCUACACUCAACUCAUGCACAUACAGACAUCAACUAAUAAUAAAAAUUUUUAACUGAUGUUUUCAUACUGACUUGCCUUGACUUAUAGACGUGGUGAGUCAUCAGUAUCUGACAAUGGGCAUGUCUCACCUGAAGUUUGCAUCUCAACCUUAUCAGAGGAAUUGCAGGAGUUAGUUCAGAAUGUCUUUGGACUUGGAAAGCGUCAGCACAAAUUUUACUGUGAGACUGAGAUACCAAAGCAAGUUCCUCGUUCCAAGGAGGGUCCAAAGGUAUGGUCAUUGAAGACAUUUAUUUUUAAAACUUUUAUUGAAGAAAAUGGGUUUAUGGGUACUGGUAAACUGUGAGGUAAAUGGGGUAACAUACAUGUAGGUGUACAGCAUCCCAUUUAGGAGGGUGGGGGGGGGGACAGGGAGUGGCAAUACUCUAAGCAAGCUUCAUGCAAUGAAAACAGCAUGAGCUCAGGGACUAGAUGUCAGCUAUUCAAAUUGAUUACUGAAUUAAUUUUAACUUACUUUUACCUUAUUUGGGAGAUGGAUCCAACAACCCUACCCCCUUCAGCUGCUAGUUCCUCUAUCCUCAUCUCCUUGUUGAUGCAUGGAUGAUAUAUCAGAAGUUAAAGAUUAAUCCCGUAUGAGUCAGUGUAAAGGAUUAAGUAGGGUGACUCUUUCUUCACAGAUUUAAUUUACUGAUGUACAAUGUACAUCUUAUUUCCACUUCUUCUCUUACAGCAUUUCAUGGUAAGCAUGCAGUACUUGCAUGGCCAGCACAAAAAAUACUGUUAUUUAAUACGAGAUUUUUUUUCCUACUUAUGUUUAAGAAAAUGCUAUUUAUGAGGUUUGGAUCCCUUUUAACAUGUAUAUCCACUGUAAGCACUAUUUCAGUUAAAAUUUUGCAGUAUUGCUUAGUGAUGAAGAAUUAAUUGUCAACUUUUCUUUGUACAUGUAGUUUCUUGUAGAGGAGUUGCUGAGUCAGCAGCUUGUUUUAGAGCAUAACCACCACCCAUUUUACAGAGUUCAGGCUUUCAUGGACAGCAAUGUUUAUGAUGAUUGGUUGAUAGAUGUCAAAAGAAGGAUAGAUAGCUUAAUCAAGGGCAUCUGGCAGUACUCGCUUCCUCCUGUACCUGAGUUGCCCUUGGAAACUCCAAAAUACCAUGAACAGUAUGUGGAGCUGAUGAAGAGACUUAUCAGGUUGGGACAAAUUUUUCCUUUGACGUUAAUGGACAUCUCUAAUGGCAGAAGAAUAACCAAAGUAAUUUUGAUAACCCAUCAGAACAAAGGAAAAUCAAAAGGAAGCCUGAAAAAUUAAAGUAAAAAUUAGGAAACUGUUUGGAGAAAAAAAUUGGAGCAAUCAUGUCAGGAUUUGUUCUAUCUUUGAAUCUUUUUGUGAGGUUCUAAACCAAUUACAGAGCAAAGAAAUAAAAACAAUGUAAUUAUGAUUAUUACUUUUGAUGCUCAAUUGCAAACUAUCCCUGUGUCGUCAUAUAAAGGUAGAGUACUCCAGAUAGAAAUUAUUUUUUCUUGUACAGGACACUAGAACUAAACUGAAUUUAACACAAAUUACUAAUAAGUAAACUGUAAAUGGCUCUCAACAAAUUGUUUCUAUGACGGAUUACCAACAUUUGUUUUUUGGUUUUUAGGUAUGAAAGUAAGCAAAAGGAGCUACAUCCAGUUUAUCAUGAAGCAGUUCCGAUUGAACCUUUAUCCUCCCCAUCUUGCCAACUGUUGAAAGAAUUUUCCCUGAGAUAUGGAGUAGGAAUUCUUUUCUGCAAGCUAUCAUAUCUGGAAUACAUUGUAAAGUAAGUCUUCGUAAUGAGGGUACAUGUAAAGUAGAUCAAAGGGAGCUGUUCUUCCCAACUGACCAUUUUUAAAUAAUCUCUAUUGAGAGUUUUAGAAGCAUUUUGAAAAACUCAGUUCUGUUGAUGCUAGGUUUUUUUUCUUCUUUUUUUUUCUCCAGUUUUCAGAUUAAAACAUAAUUGUACUGUACAGUGCAUGUCUAUAGAGGUUUUGAUAACUUUUUCCAUGAACAUUUGCCGAUGGUGCAACAGCUGGUUGUGGCUGGAAGAACAGCUGUUUAUGAAGACCCCUUUUACACAAGGGGUUCUAAUAGCAUGUCUGAUACACAAAUGUACAUGUGGGCAUUGGUAACAGGCUUUGAUUGAAAUCCUUUCAUAUGGCUAAUGCAAUUUAGGUUAAGGGUUAGCUGAAAUUUUUCAAAAUGACAAGGCAAACCAGCUCAUUGUUAUUUAAUUCUGUAAUGCUUUGUUAUUUACUUGUUUAGGUGUUUUGAAAACAACAUCUGGUAUAUUGAGCACACUAAAACAUCUCUACGAGAUGCAAUGAAUCUUAUUUCUAGCGGCUGUCAGGAAAUUUUUGUUGAGGAAGAGGUAAGUCUGGGGCAAUGUGAUUCUGUUGUACACUGUAUGUGCAGGUGACUCUGAUCAAACUUGAAAGGUCAACAAGUAGUUUCUCCCCAGAAAAUUGUUACACUAUAAAGCAGAUGGGUGCUAAGAAUGAAAAGAAAAUAAUGAUUAGGGCAUUUUGUUAGAACUAGAAUUAUGAGAUAUGUAUAACAGACAGUAAGUAGAAAAUAAUAUUGAUAUCUUGCCACAGAUAUUUCCAUGGUUUAAAUGUUUGAUGCCAUUGUUUAUUCAGAAGUCUAACAUACAUCCUUGUCAGUCUACGAUUCAAUGAUCACCUGCUUUCAAAUAGUGAAAAUAUUGGAGAUUUUGUUUCAACUACAACACUUUUAUGAGAAAAAGAAAGUGGAAUUUUAUGGUUUCAAUUGCUAUACACAUCUAUCUGUUUUGUAGUUUUUAAGGUUAUAAUUUUAUAACUUUCUAUGGGAAUUGGUCAUUAUUGGAGGAUAUUGGUUGUGUCCAGAGAAAAUUUGCAUGAUUUUUCCCUUAAAGUUCAGUACUAUUCUUGUGAACAAAUAAUGACUAUUCCUCAAGAAUUUUUCCAUGAACGUUUACAAGGCCCAGUUGGCACAUUCAAAUUGCUGAACAAAAUGUAAAGUGAAAUAAGUGUUUCUAACUUUCAAAGCGUGUGAAUCAUCUUCGCUGUUUCGUUCAAUAAAUGCAAUGUCUCUAUCUUAUUUUUCAGUUCAAAAUGCUACUGAAUAUUUUGUCCAUUCUGCUAAAAAAGACCAAGUAUUUCUUGAGUAAACUAAGGAGGAUUUUUCCAGCUGACAACAAUCCUAACGAAGGUGUUACAGCAUUGGUCACUCUGUUUGAACUGACCCUGGAAUCUGCAAGAGAACUAGAAUCUGAAUUUCCAUCAGUUUUUAAAAGACUUCCACAGGCUCGACAAUUCUCCAGCAACUUGUCGAAAGCUCCAGUUUGCGAUCUUCUGGCUUCCUUUGUCGAGGUAUAUAUGAACCCUUUACUCUCUAACAUUAAUAUGCAUCUUCUCCAUACCUACUCCAUACAUUUCUUAAGGUUCUGAAAAGGAGAAUUUGUCCAACAAUCAAGAGCUUCUUUAGUUGGUGAUCGUUUCAUUUAUUCUCAUGACCUUAAUGUUUGAUUCAGAGAUGAUAUAGUAAGGAGAAAUUAGAUGCCAGUCACUCUUAGGGAUUUAAGGGUUAAUUGGUGUGAAAGAGUAACCCCACGGUUCCUUUCUUUUCGAUCGCCCCGGCCAGUUUUUCGAGACCAGUGAAACGUUCAUGGUUAUUUGGCUUAACCCUUUAACUCCCGUGAGUGACUAAGACAGAAUUUCUCCUUACUAUAUCUAGACAAUAUCAAACAGAAAAGUGAUGAGAAUGAAGAAAAAUAUCAAUUAUGGGAUUACUAAUUGAUCCGAUACCAAAUUCUCCAAACUAACAUUAUGAGAGUCGUUUGGCAAACAGGAAGGAGAAUUACUAAUGAGAUCUUGGGAGUUAAAGGGUUAACUUUAAUUAAAUGGUCCGAUCGCAUGGGUGUUAUUAGGGAUGAUCGAAGCGCCCCGGACAAUAUGGAAGCCUUUAGCUUUAGUUCGUCACUCAAAACAAUUUGACGUGCUAUACAGUGAGUUUUACAAACUGAAUGCGAAAUGCAAUGUAUGAUAAAAAUCCCCUCCACUUGCUGUGUCAGCAUUAUGGUACCAUGUACUUCUGGAAGAGACCGCUGUAUUUAAAAUGUGCAUCUCAAAGAGGGAGAGGAAAUGAUUCUGUAUUACGUUGGUUUUGCUUUACUUCGCUGUUUCUUUGCCCCCGAAAACUCGUUCCCCUCUGAACCAAUCAGAUGCGAAACUACAACCAAUCGCGGCCUAGUCGUUAGUGACGUUUUCCCGCUCUUGAGGUAGUAUGCUUGGGUUUAGUUUCACUUCUUUUUGGCCCAUUUAAGUUGCUUUAUUCUUGGUGUCGCAAAACUCAAUCGGAAAGAGUUCUAGAUAGUAUUCUGAUUAUUUUCCUUUGGGUAGACGUUUACGAUAUCAUGACACGUCUCCUUUAAACGCUCAACCGAAAAAAUUGCGAAAAGCGUCAACCUAACACUUAAUGGACCAAUUUCAGUAUCUGGGCAACUGCGCACCUACCCCUCCCCUAACGCAACAUUAACCCAAACUUAUUAUCAGUUGACUAUUGUUGGGUCAGGGGAGGGGUAGGUGCGCAGUUGCUCAGAUACUGACAUUGAUCCGACCGGCGUUAUCCCUCCCGUUGAAAGAUGACAGCUGCCAUUCUAUCGUGACGUUAAUAGCAAUAUUUAUCACUGAUGUUUCCUUUCAUUCUAUUUGUUUUCCUAAGAAUGAGAUCGAGGGUCGAUAUGAAGGUCUCAAAGUAAAAGCCACCACAGCUUUGGGUCAGAACUUCUCAAUGUCAAAGCUUUUGCUUAAAUCUAUCCUGGAAAUUCAUCAUGAAGUCAGUUAUUACAACUCACAAUACAAACAGGCUUUCUCCAGGUUAGUCAUUUUUAUUUCAUACUAGUUUACAGCCUUGUUUUUAGCCAUGUCUGUUCUUGUUUCGUUUUACUCAAUUCUCAACCUCGUUCCCAGGGUUCUUUCUCUUCCAUCCUCAAGGACCCACCCGCCCUACGGCGUGUUUUUGUUCUUCACAAGCACGUGACCAGCCGCAACCAGGGUACUUUCUCAAGGAAGGAAGAGGGAGGACCCUGGGAACGAGGUUGCUCAAUUUGUGUCUCUCUCACUUCCUUAUACCUAGUUCUAAGUGACUUGUAUGAUUUUUGUCACAGGUAUUUUGAUAUCAUGAAACUUUCUGCUUGUAAGUUUUAUUCCCUACUGAUGUCAGAUGUGGAAGAACUGUGUCAAAAUCAACCUCGAAACCAACGACCUGAUAAUGUGGAUUGUUUCAUGUUGUGUUUGGCAUUCCGCUUAUCCAAACUCGAUAGAGAAUGGGCUGAGUACAUUCCUCACCGGUUAGUUCUCAUUUUUUUUAUUUAAUUGUAAAUGGGAAUCAUAUCAUUGUUAUGUUACAAGAUUAACGUAUCAAUGCCUCAAAACGAGCAAGAACGAUGUUAACUUUUUUGAAAUACGUGUUUGCAAGGAAGAAUCUAGUUUUUUGCUUAAAGGAAAUUGUGACGAUAAUGAAUUGUGAGUGCAAUUUUCAUUCACUCCAAUUUCUGAAGGGUAUCAUCAGGUACUCACUGUUUUAGUUGUGGGACUUUGUUCCACAACCCUAAAUUUGACGACAGACAAGACAAAGAGAGCACAUUUUUUUAGUCUUCUUGGCGAUUGGUUUGGUAUUUCAGUUGAGGGUAUUCAAGUAAUUUCUGAUUUGUAUUUUCAAUAGACCACAUUUGAAGUUGACAAACAAUAGUUUAAGCAGCUUCUAUGAAGAAAAAUAUAUAUACCGUGUUAAACAAAACAGCUUUAAAACUUGUGUAGGUUUUGGUGUUAAUGGGGUUUAAGGCUCUUUAAAUGUUGGCUAAGUAGUUUCUUUGACUUAGAUUUAAAGUAAGCUGAUUAAAGAAAUAAACAUCUCUUUAUUACAUUCUAGGAGUCAAAGAUGGCGUCAGCCUUUUCUGGGAUUUGCACUACAAUGGCUGGAUGCUACCGGUCAUUUGCUCCAAGCGCUUGUUCCUCAGCUUAUUAACCAUGACUUAUGGGAGCCAGUGGCAGUAAUCAUCCAUCGAUCACACGAACAGAAGCGCAAUGUAAAGACACAUCCUACUUCUCGCCUACGGUCUGGUUCUGUUCCGUCCUUGACACCGUCUAGUCCUUCUGCUUUCAAAACUGUGGCACCUUCAGCUGGAUCUCCUGCUAAGGUGCAACAUGUAUAACUUAUAAUUUUGUGAACUUUAUCUGUAAAUAAAGGUUAACGAAAAAUUCAACUUAGUGAUAUUGUUAAAGGAAGGCAAACCAUGUUCUGAGUUGACUCAUUAAGAAAGACCACACGCUCACUAACCUAGGAAUUACGUCUUACGUCUGCAAGAGGAUUGUUGAUUAGACUUUGUAUAAGAAAAAUUUCUCAUUACCAACUAAUUACCAUAACUAUCAUGCCAGCUGAACUGAUAACUUUGUGAAUCUUUUUCUUAUUUUCAUCUUAGUCUUCUGCCGCGAAAGGAAAAGCCAAGAGUGCUAAAGGGAAAGAGCCUCUUCCGUCAGGAGAGAAGAAUCGAAAACGCACCCUGCGUGUGGAAUAUGGCAGCAGCUCUGAAGAAGAUGGAAAGACAGUGGAGGUACAAGCCCAAGUGAAUUUCCCGCAGACAAAAGUUGCUUCCAGUGUGGAGAAGAAAAUAUUAGAACCCCAAAGUAGUCAAGCAGAGGCUACCAGCAGAGAGAUACCACCGGCAAUGAAUGAUCCAGCGACACAGCCGCUAUCAGGUCCGGAGGAAACCAAGAGGUCUGGAGAAGGAAAUGAACAGCCAAGUAGUACGCAGGAUGAGGAUCGACCAGCACAGUCCUUUGAAAAAGAAGAAAGUUCUGUGCCAAUCAAUACUCAAGAACACCAAGAAAACACCAUUGAAGUACACAGUCCAAAGAAUGGAACAGAACCUAUGGGUCUACAAUCGAGUGGCUCCUCAGCUGAUCAGUCAGAUUUGACGGACAGUCACACCAACCUCUCGAGGAACCAAGGCACUCCCUUUGAGAAUGACUCUACCAAUGAAUCAGAUAGCGAAAACUCAAUUCACACGUCUGAUUCGUUUGACUUCAUUGAGGAUAGAGGGAAGGCAAAGGUUCCCAAAAAGAGUCAAACAAAAACUGUUCAGCCGAUUGAAGACGCUAUUAAAAGUGGGACAGGACGAAGGGGCUCUAGUUCGAUUAAAGAUUGCCAAACCUGCCCUGCGAGACACAGCUGUUUUGGUUCAGAAAACGAUGAGAGAAGUUUAGGUGUACGCAAAUCUGAUCCAGACAAAAAUAAGCGAAGUGCACAUAUUCCAAUGCCACGAAACAAACUCAUUGAUAAGCUACGUCCAUUAGGUGCUUCCUAUCACUCGGAAUGUGGUAGUUUUCAAAGUGCCUUUGGGUCAGUCUUCUCCGAGAGUACUGAAGGCAGCUAUCGCACUCCUCGUUCCAGUCCCACCCCUUCACAGCAAGGCCAGUCAGCAACCCAAAAUGAAGGCGAUCAUCACUCAGACAGGAUUACUUCUCGAGACGACACACCCAGGUGGUUGGCAAUUUCGAGCUCGUUUGUGGAUGUGAUUGGCGCCGUAAACCGUUUGGCCGCAUUUGCAUGUCACCUUUGCGAUAUCCUUUGCCCAGACGAGGGUCCUCGGAGAAGUGAGCAAGCCGCUGCAACAGCUGCUGCGUGUUCCACGGCAGAAGAUGAGGAUUUGGGGCACGAAUCAUUGGAGAUUAAAAGGAGCCUCUACCACAGACUAGUCCAGGUACAGUCUACAUAUACGGUAUGAUAAUUCUUUAGAGCCAGCAUACUCGUGAGACACUUCGAAAAUGUCGGGUUUUUUCCGAUUCAGGGUGGGUCUAGUUUAGGAAAUGAAUUACGAGAAUCUGUCGUAUGAAUUUUGGCUACUUGAUUAUCAAUUUGUUAUCGGUGGAACCUUUUAUCGGAACUUUUAUUUUUGUGGACAGCGUCAAGAAGGCCGAAAGCUAACAAUAGAAGUGACGUUGAUUCGAUUAAAUCAAACCUCUUAUGGAGAAGACUUGAGGCCCAUUGCUUGCGUAAAACCGCGGUUUGUGUUAGACCUCGUUUAAAUAACCGGCCUAUAGGGUUUAAAGUUAUUUUCAUGUAAUCAACCAACCCUAACCGCAACCCAAAGCUGAUGUAUGUAUUUCUCAAGCCGUUAUAUUAAUUGACUGAAGAAAUAAAAACGCCUCUUGCAUUUUAUCGUGAACAAAUCAAACUAACAACAGAGUUUUGUCAGAAAAAUGUGUCCGGGCCAUAGUAUAUGUUUUGACUUCAUACAGUGUCAUUUGUACGCUGCCUGCGCUGCUCCAUGUACUGUAUAUCUGUUGUUCUAACAGCUACAUUGUAUAUGAUUUAUCCUUUAAAAGGUGAUGUUGUCGUUUGUAAAGCUGUACUCGGACAAUGUCCUCGCUAUGGACACGUGUGGCUUAACAGAUGAAAUUCUGACUGACUUAUUGGGAGAACGAGUCCAUAGGCUUCUCAGAACACAGAGGGAUGAAGGGAAAUUACAUGGAUGCCGUCACAAUCCUUUAGCCAGCCAAAGCUGUAACACAACAGAUUUGCAGGGUAGGUCUUCGGUAUAAAGUGUGCAGUGAUAAUUUGAGAAGUUUUUAAUCGAGUGUGGAAAGAAACGCAGGAUUGCAUGGGGUUUGCUUUAUAAUGCUCUCUGAUUGGUCCAGAUAACCUGCGCCAUUUUCUCAACCAUUCAGAUUCAAAAUAAAAACCAAUCACGUUUUUUUUUUUUUUUUUUUUUUUGGAUUAUUUUUCAUUGGAUCCUUGUGAUAUUUUCUCUGGUUUGAUUGGCCGAUUUGAUUAUUUCAGAUUUCACCACAAUCGUGGGGCAUAUUUCAGUUUGAAAAGGUACAAGUUAUUGCUUGGUGAUUAAUUGGUUAAAUUCAUCGACUAAAUCUUUUCGUAUCUUUUACAUGGUAUAGGUGCGCGCAUACCACCAUGCGAGGGAAUGUCCAGGAUGGAGGUGAAUCUUGGUGGCUUUGAACCACUCACAAGACAGGUCUGUUGAUAAGAAUUUAUUACAGAGGACCCUUCUUUCAUGGGGCAUGCCUGGGACAAGAGAAAGUGUCCCUUCUUUGAGGUGUUCCUUGAUUGAAGCUAUCUGAUGCAUUUGUUAUAGGAGCAUUUUUCUGUGUUUUUCACUUGGAACCAAAGUUAAGUUUCCUCGAUUAUUCAGUGACGUUUCCUGAAUAGAGGGGUCCUAAAAGCUGCUGAGCUUUCACUGUAGUUUAAAAAUCAAAACAAUACCUUCAUCACUCUGCGCCUUCUGCAUUUUUUAUCGACGCAAAUUUUGUAUUUAUUUCUGGAAAAAAUGUUUUUAUUUCAUCAGUCUCUAUUCUCUUAUCGAGCGAAAGUGGUUUAUCAAUUGCUCGAUAUUUGAAAAUUUACUGACAGCCAAUUCAGAGAAACGCUGAGUAAGAUCCGUUUCCGCAGCUCCUACUACAACAACAACAAAAAUAGUAGCAACACACACAUUACGACCAGGCUCCACCAUUCACUGCAUGUCAUUAUUUGUCACCAGAUGGGCAUCAGACUGACCAAUAUGGCGAUCUUGAGAAGCACUCUGCCAUGGUUGUUAGAGCACGUAACUUCCGCUAUCGCCAAUCCCGAUUUGAUGGAGUAUGACUCGUGUCUUUCCUAUUGUGAGACUGGGCCCAGCCUGGAUGGAAUUUCCAUAAGCAGUACAGGUAAUGUGAAGAGUUUUAAGAACAGUAUGAAUAGGCUGGUACAUUUUUACGCACACAUUUACUUAAGAUGAACACAUGCAGCUGGUUUUGACAGUGUUUACUUAAAAUGAAGAUGAUGGCUUAGGCGUUACACCCCUUGCACUGUAACCCUUACGCAAAUAUUAUAAAGUUAGGCGGGUCGACUCGUAAGGCACGUAUAUUUAGACACUGUCAAUACUGAUCGCCGGUUGGUGACAUGAAUUGCCCAUGUCUGGUUUUAGUAGCGUUUAUCACGCUAGAAAGAUAACCUUCUCGCCGCAAUUUUAGUUUCACAAAAAUAACUCCUUGUCAAAUGUAUUUUAUAUACAGCUGAAGGAAGAAUUGAUGCUCCACGAGCAACGAUAGAUGCACUCUAUCACCCAGGGGUACUGACGAAUUCUGUUGAGCACUUUUGCAGGCUCGAGAUUUCUCAAGUGAAGCUUAUUUCUUACAGGGUAAGUCUACCUUGGUAAUUUUGGCCGAUAUCAGCUGUUGUGCAAGCUGCAAAGGCUGUAGAAUAUAUAAUGGUCUUACAUAGAACACGGUCGAUACAUCUAGACUCGAACCAAUUCAGGUCUGCUGUUGAUAGUUGUGUGUGAAUUAUUGUCAAAGGAAUGUUACCAAGAUGUUACCGUACAUAAUAUCGUUAGUAUUAUUUACGAUUUUCCUAACGGCUUGAUCAUAGUUGGUAGAGGCGGCUGGUCAUGAAGGAGAAGAAAACAAGGGAGCAGAAGUUUAUUUUAGGAAUUCUCUGACCACUAGUUUCGAUAUUUUGGUUUUUUGAUCAAACCUUGUUACGGAAUAAACAAUAUGAGCAGCUAGUCAUAUUGACUGGAAUGCUCUGGAACGUUUUGUACAGUCACGUCCACAACACCUGGCAAGAACUUAUGUCAAAGAAAUAUUUGGGUUUCUUUCUUAAUCAACUACUACUAAAUAUGGUACUUAUUACAAGUAAUUAUUCUUAGAUCAACACUUCGUAAGAACAACCUCUUAUUUGGUGUUUCCGAUUAUUUCCUUCUGCAGAUCAACAUACUCUUCAAACAGCUUCUAAGAACUGUACUUGAUCUUCAUCUUCCAAGAUACGACACGAAAAAACGUCUGAUACCAGCUAUGAAAUAUCUGUCCCGUGAAUUGCAGAAAUUUCACGAUGUGCUGUACCCGGAAGACUUUAACAAAAUCCUCUUAAACCUAUGGGAUCACGUAGUGCGGGUAAGUAUUAAAUAGACGAUAAAGGGGUGGUUCAGCCUUUAACUCUCACGGGUGACCAAGACAGAAUUUCCCCUAACAAUAUCGGUACCAUAUCAAGUAGACGAGUGAUGAGAAUGAAGAAAAAUAUCAAUUAGGGGAUUAUUAGUUGAUCCAAUACCAAAUUCUCCAAACUAACAUUAGAGGAAUUGUAUGGCAGACAGUAAGGAGAAUUACUGAUUAGAUCUUGGGUGUGAAAGGGUUGAAAGCGUCAAGAAAGCAACUUAAGAGACUGGUACUACUCACAUUGCAAUUGCGAAGGGAUGAAAAAUUUAACCUGUUGUCUUAUUCUUCAUAAGAAUAUUAGCAAGACGGUGUUAGUCUUAUCGCGAGUCUGGGACAAAGAUAAGUUCCACUGAAAGGUAUCGAAUCCCUGAUCCUCGGAUUUUGCGGUCUGAUGCUCAACCACUGAGCCACGGAGACUGCAGUGAAUUAGGUCAUGAUUAGGUUCAUAUGUGACAAGUUUCCUACGUACUGUGAGCAUCAAAAAUGAAAAAGAAGUAUCGUGUGAGUAAAUUGGAUAAAGAAGAUGGUAAAGUUUACAUUUAAGCUCGGUUGUCAAUUAAGAGAAAGUUGUUAUUCGGUCAUAUUCUCUAAGAAAUCGUGAAUUGUCGAGCUUUACGUGCAUGAAAAUGGGCAAAAAUGAAUUCUAAUUGUUGCCCACUAUUCCCAUGAUCCUUGUAUCAACCCUGUAGUAAAGGAGAAAAUGUCUAUAAUUCACAAUAAAUACACAUAUUUUGCUCGCGUCCAAUAAAUAUUUUUGCUCAAGCGCACAAACGGCUGAAAACAGGUGGCAUCAAUUUUGGAGUUUUUUUCAUUUCUCUUUUGCUGUGCUCAGCCCUUCUUCUAUCUGAGGAAUAAACGGAACUUCAGUCAAGCGAUAACAAAAAGGAUUGGGGGGUUCGGGAAUGGUACCAUUAUAUCAGUUGGUUUGAAUUGAGUGAUCGAACGCUUUAGUUGAUAUUUCCCUUUUGUUUUGCAUUAGAAUUUCGAAGAAGAAUGUCGUCGUUUGGUGAGAAGAAAGUCUUAUGCAUCAAAACAAAGCCAUCUUUUGCAGCAGGCUGUGUCGGUAGGGAUUUUACGUUCUUGUUAAUAGUGAACUUCCUUUUUUCAUACUUCUUUCCCUAACAAACUGAGCAGAUUCCAUUUUUUAAAUUUAAUGCAGAAAAUUAUUUUGGUUUUCAUUGACUUUUCUUCUUUGUGCUCCAUAAUUGGUCGAGAAAACUCGCGCCCUUUUCUUAACCAAUCAGAUGCGGAACGCCCAUAACCGUUUUAGUCACACUCGCUUUCCCGCGCUUGAUGAAGUGUGGAUAUGGUAACGUUGAUGUCUUCUUUAUCACAAAUGAAUUUUACCACUGCCUUUUUUUUUAGUAUCUGAUGCAGUUUUUCUAUGAUGGAGGGGAUGGAAUUGCGUUCGAUGACUUUGCCACACCAAUGGUAAGACAGUUGUUUAAAGCUCGACACUUGACUUCAAGAAGUACAUUAGUAGUUUUUUUCUGAAUCAACCAAGCCUUCAUAUGCCACUACACAGUAUUCUGACGUUAUUAUAGUCAAUCUAUAUGAGAUAACAUCACAGCAGCUUCCUAUGAUUUCUUAUCCCGUUGCCGUCCUCACCACUCGUAUAUAUAUAACUCACCUCAAUUAAAGGGUGUGCUUAUUAGAAGUUUGUGUUUUCCUCUCGCUACGCGGUAUUUAGGAAUUUUAAGCGUAUUAGCGGAAGAGAAAGUGGUGGAAAAUUAACUCUUGUAUUUUGGUAUCUUGUUCUUAUUCUGUCAAGUCUCCCCCCCCCCCUCCCUGCCUUCUCUUUAAAGAUUUUUUGCUCUUUGAAACGUCAUGGUAUACAGAAUUCAUCAUUUAGUUAAGCAAGGAAAUAAAAAUAUAUCGACUUUCGAGUGAGCGAUCCUUUAUGUUCAGAAUAAAGACGAACGGGUGCAAGAGAAGGAAAGCUAAGGGUUGCGGGUUUCUUGGGGGAGGGGUGGCUCUGGGAGAAAUGGAAAGAUGGGGAAGGGUGAGUCAAACGAUAGAGAAUGAAAUAACCAUUGUGUCUCUUAUUUUCAAGGAUUCUGUCGUAAAGCACUUACAGUUGUACACCACCUCAACAGAUAGACUCAUUUCCAUGUACCACUCCUUUAACAGACAGGUAAGAUCUCUAAAGACGAAAGAAAUGAUAGAGCAAUAUUUAAUUUCGGAGAGUUAGUAGUUAUAUUAGAUUUUGGCAGGAAAAAUUGUAUUCCUGGUCAAGACAUAUUCCUCUCUUUUAAACACAACAACAUGAGAGAUACGAAAAGAAAGAUUAUUUUUAUGGUGCUUUUAUCAAGUGAUAAAUUACCUAUAAGCGAAGACCGUUGAGCCAUUGAAAGCACUGAAAUUCCUAAAUAUACAACUUGACUUGCGUUAAGAAUCUUACUUGAAUUAGAAAAUGUAUGAAGGAAAACCAUAAUCACAGUUGGCUGGUCAGCCUGUGACACCAGCAGGGCUGGGAAUGGCGACUGAUUGAGUUACCAAUCAAACCAAACUUCCUGGUUUAGAAGUCAGAUUGGCGACUAGAUUUUUUUAAGAUUGUGUUUGAAGUAAAAAACAAAGCAACUUUAGGUCGCACUCUGUAUUAAAGGAACAAACCUACGUACAGAGUCCCCUUACUGAGAGGUAUGUCAGUAAUUUACCGUAAAUGGAAGGACUAGUGAAAGAAUUUAGUUUAUCAUAAUUUGCUUUCUGUUCUUUAGGUUCUAAACAUGCGGCAACAAAAUCGGAAUGAAGAACUGACGUCGUCAAUGAGCACUAGCUCACGUCUGGCUGAUGCGAAUGCUCCUGCGGAUAGAUUCAUUCAAGCCAUGCGCAAAGAUCUGCACACUUCUCGCAAGUGCUUUUCGGGCGCAGUGUUAGUUGAAUGGGUGGUUAACUAUGUUGGUAACCAUGGUUACGACGAUCUGGGACUUUGCAUUGGGGACACGGAGACUCAAACAGGACUUGAAUUAGGUCAGCUUGUAAUUAAAGAAGUUUUAAUAUGGUAUCGAAAUUAAAGAGGGAUUGCAUUGGUUUUUCCUCACUUCACUCUUUACACGAGAUUGGUGUAGUAAAUUCGCGCCAACUUCUAAAGUAAUUAGACAUAAAAUGAAAACCAAUUGCAACUGUAAGAAGUCGGAUAUAAAGUGAUCACACAACCCUCUUUGUAAUGACUUCGUUGAUUAUAGUGGUGCGUGCGCUUUUUCGGCUCAGACGUGUGUCGUAUCUUGUUCAAGUCAUGCACUCCCACGUUAUGGGGAAGUAACACUAUACCCCGUGUUUUUGAGGAAUACUUGUUAUGUAAGAAAAAUAAAUUGUCCUUGUUAGUAUUGAGGUAAUUAUACUCAAACAUUUAAUCGCCUGGCACCUUAUUUCGAUAUUUGGCAGAUAAUUGUUAACCUGGUUUAGCGAGUUAGCAUUCAACCACUCAAGCACAUCUCCUGGAAUCUUCUUUGCUCCCCUCCCUCCAACACCUUAAAUAAGUUACUUGCUUUCUUUAUUUGGUUUCAUGUUGUACAGGCCAGUACCUUCUUAGGCACAGGGUUAUGAUCUGUGUUUGUCCGCCACCCCAUCCCAAUCGACAGCCGUCAACUGAGAGAACAAGAGAACAAGAAAACUUCGAGGAGAACGCACCGUCCGAGCGUGGAAAAGUGUUAUUGGACGAUAAUUACCUUCCAGAUAUUAGGGUCAAUGACAUUUCAACCCGGAGCAACAGAGGUGUGUUUUUUCAGUCAUAAGUUGCACUUUCUAAUUUGCCUACUCCAAUGUUUCUCUUUCUGAAAAGAAAUGCUUUUAAGUUUCGCUGUAAAGAGAAGAUAUAUAAUUGAAGCAAUCUUCUAUCAUUUCGAAAGUUCGAUACUUCUUUAUCAUUAGUCUAAACUUGCUUUUGUUUCCUGACCUUUAAUGGACUGGAUUACUAGUUAAACUAAAAGUUUGCUUUAUCUGCGCUAGAUCGAGAUACUUAAGAUAACAAACAAUGAGGUUAAUGAAAUUAACUGACGUGAAAUCUUGAUAAAGUUGAUAUAAAAUAAGAAAUAUAAGAAAGUUGAUAUAAUUUGGGAGCACAAUUUACCACCAGAAGAGGCGCUAAAAUAAUUUGGAAAAAGUCUGUAAAAUUGUCUUUAUUUCGUUAAAAUAUUUAAAUAUUUCUUUUAUAAGGUGAUAUGAAUUAAGAAUCAUUAUAAGUUUUCUGGUAUUUCCAUGUUUCGAAGUGUCUUCAUCUAUUUCAGAAUAUAAUAUUUAUUUAUUUAUGGCACAGAAAUGUGAUGUCCAAUAUUCACAGCAUACUUUGCUACCCGACGCAGAUUUACCCGAUAAAUAACCGAAAAGCAAAUCCUAUUUUCCCGCAGAAAAGGUACAUGACGUAAACAAAUAAUAAUAAUAAUAAUAAUAAUAAUAAUAAUAAUAAUAGUAAUAGUAAUAAUAAUAAAACUGACUUUAUUAUAGUAUUUUCACUGAAAGGUGGCUAACAUGUAACAAACUAAUCUAACAAACCCAUGCAUGUAAAUCAGCAAUUAGUACGGUUAUCAAUGAUACGAGCAUCGGUAGAAAUUGGCCCUUCGAACAAGGUUAACGCGCACUAAUGUAGGUCUUCCUUGCAGACCGUUAUUUACUCCCCUUUCGUGGAUUACCAUAUUCUUUCUUACCCUCCCCUCCCUCCUUGUCUUCGAGCCUAAUCCACUCGCCCUGACUGCCUUUAUAUCACUUUUCAUUUCAAGCUAUUUCGUUUGGGUUUUGUAGGUUCUCCAACAUCGCUGUCCUCCUCUCGAUCGAGGACGAGAUCCUCUGAGGAAGGCGCUGAUGAUGGAUACGAGAAUGACGAUGAAGAUUCUGUGGGCUCUGCAAGGGAUAUCAUGGUUCGCUCUUACAGCGCGCAGUCUGAAAACGACUCUCCGAAAUUUCAUAAUCACCCUAAAGCGCUGUACAAAUUUAUUUCCGAAGAGGACAGCUCUAGAACGGAGGUGAAGUUUACUCUGGGGUUUACAGAUCGCUUGAAACUGCCCAAUGAAUUGAAACACAUCCUUCGCGUUUUGUACACUAGGAAAAAUUCGGAUAGAACAGCGCGAUCGUUUUUGAGAGAGCUUCCCUCAGGAUAUAUGGAGGAAGCGUUGGGAUCUGAUCUUCUGGUUUUCUGGUCUUCUGGUAGCCCCAUGUCCGCGUUUUGUUAAACUUCGUGGUCAAACGUGAUAAAUAAUGCAAGUGAAGUGGAGGCCACUGUAAGAAGGAACAGACAGAAAGAGAACUUUCUGAUGGCUGAAGCUUUUAGCUUGCGGAGAUUUGCAGAAUUGCCAUUUGAUUCUUGUAAAAGAUAUUUUCUUGAUUACGUUUCUUUCCGGUUUCUCAAUUCUUUGGUUGAAAGAGGAAUUUGUUCUUUAGUUGAACUUUGAUAAUUAUCGGUUUUUACUUGUUUCCAAGCAAAAUUUUACCUCAAUUUUAAUUUUAGUUUAGCUUGCAUUUUUCAUCAUUUGAUUGUGGAACGGAAAGCGAGAUUACUGACAAGUAUC